GACAGCAAUGGCGCAAUUCUCGGCUCGAUGAAGGAGCAAGCACAUGGCCGCGACAUUCUCGCAGAGCCCGUCGCAGACAACAUGCUUGGGGCCAUGGGCCCGCUGGAGCUGCUUGACUCUUUGCCGACGGACCGACUGCCGAUUUACAGCGGGUACUUGGAGUUCUCUUGGGUUGCGUUCGUGGUGGCUGGAAUCAAGUGCCCGGCAAAUCAUUAUGCCAUGCCUUUCGGAGCGACGUCAGCUGCGUGCGCGUGGCAUCGCACGGGAUCGUUCCUACCUGCGUUAGUGAGGGAGCUCUGCCACGGGCCUGCUGCGUCCAAGCAGGGCGUCAACAUCACAAGAGGCGCGUGCCUGGAGGUCUUCGCGAGCCUGCUCGGUCUCCCCGUGGACGCGGCGAAAAGCGCUCAGUCUGUGAUGUCCUUGCUGGCUCUAGGUGCUAAGGUGGCGUGCGAAAUGGCCAUCUGCGCUGCGUCCAUCGCUGCGUCGCCAGGCAAGAAGGAUAAGUGGGCAGAGCAAAUGUCCGAAUGCCUGGCGUCUGGGAUCUGCGACGCAGGCAUUGCCGCGAAGUUGGCCGGGUGCUUCUGCUGGGCUGCGACAGUUUCAGUUGACAAGGUUGGGGGCGCAUUCAUCGCGCCGUUCCACGCGCAGUC